UGCGCGUGCGCUCAGCGCGUUUUACCGCAGUAUCUCUGGAUUAGUGCGCGCGCUGCAGCAUUCCACUCGGUUCGCAAACGGGAAACAAGAGAAAACCGACCAACCGAGCCGCAAAAAAAAAAAAAAAAAAAAACAAACAAAAAAAAAAAAGCCCUCCGUUCACAUCCAUCCACCGGUGCUGUGCGAGCGUCUUUAUUGUAACCGGUGUCCCGUUAUUCCGUUCUAAAGCAGCGCGCACCUGUGAAUCCACCGGAGAGCCAUGGCCAAAGAGGACGAGAAGAAGGAAUCAUCGGGCGAAUGGAAGGAAUUCUUCUGGAACCCGCGGACGCACGAGCUGCUCGGUAGAACGGCGAGCAGCUGGGGUCUCAUUCUGUUGUUCUAUCUGGUCUUCUACACGUUUCUGGCUGGCAUGUUCUGCCUCACCAUGUAUGUGAUGCUGCUGACACUGGACGACUAUAAGCCCACCUGGCAGGACCGCCUGGCAUCACCAGGUGUGAUGAUUCGGCCGAAAGGAGAUUCUCUAGAGAUCAUUUAUAAUGUGGAGAAUACAGAAAGCUGGGACAAGUAUGCUCAGGCCCUGGACAACUUCCUCGCACCGUACAACAACUCGCAGCAGGUGAUGAACAAUGACGCGUGCACUCCAGAUCAGUACUUUUAUCAGGAAGACAGCGGCGAUGUGCGCAACAACCCCAAACGCUCCUGCCAGUUCAACCGCACCAUUCUUGGGGACUGUUCCGGACUCAGCGACCGCACGUACGGUUACCAGAACGGCAAACCCUGCGUGCUCAUCAAACUCAACCGGGUGAUCGGAAUGCUGCCUAAUAAUUACGGACAAUCUCCGAAUGUCACCUGUGGACCAAAGAAGGAGGACACUGACAGUGUGGGUGAAAUUGCAUACUUUCCCGUAGAUGGAGCCUUCAACCUCAUGUACUAUCCAUACUAUGGCAAGAAAGCACAGGUGAAUUACUCGCAGCCUCUGGUGGCCGUGAAGUUCUUGAACAUCACCCUGAACACAGACGUGAACGUGGAGUGUAAGAUUAACUCCAACACCACUCAAUUCAGUGAAAGGGACAAGUUUGCCGGCCGUGUCUCCUUCAAGAUCCGUGUCAACACAAUCUAGAGCAACCAUAUCUGACACACACACACACACACACACACAAACAUUCAGACACGUCCUGUUUAAAAGUGGAUUUUAGGAGGUGUCAUUCAUCUUCACAUGUGUGAAGUCUAAACCAAUACUGUCUAAACCAUGAAUUCUGUAUGUGUGCGUGUGUGCGUGUGUCUUUGUAUCUCUGUGUGCUUUAACUGUCGUCAUACCCAGCUGAUAUCUUUCCAAAGUGAAUUCAAGAUAACUGGAUGAAAAUAUCAUUGAGUCGUUCUAGUUCUCUAGGCGAAAAAUACUGACGUGAUCACAACAGUUCACAAACAAUCCGGUGAUUCAGAGGGACCCGAAUCGUUCAAAUAAAAAGGUGCGUAUGAGUGAAUCUCAAGCAACAUGUCAAGGGUCAUAUUUUUGCCAACAUUUAAAUAUAUAUUUGUAUUUGCAGUAAGAAAAUGAUUUAUGCAUUGAGAAAAUUAAGCCUAAUUUUUAUUAUCUAUUUUUUUUGGACCAUUGAGAUUUUUUGCAUUGUGAAAUUAUAUAUAUAUAUAAAAAACAGGGAUUUAUAAGUCAAUGUAGUUCUUUACUGUACUGUCUUCAAUUCAUGCUAAUUUAAAUACAAAAAUCAUUGUAUUACAGUUCUGAGAAUCACCAUUGAGAAAAACAAUUAAGGGGAAAAUAAGUUUAGUUGUCAUGAAAAUAAUGUCCCAAUGCAAAUAAAUAAAUAAAUAAAUAAAAUAAAUAAAAGAGAAGAAAAAAGAACUAGUCAGAAAAAAAAAAUAGGUUUAAUUUUCUUAAUGCAGAAUUUAAAUUUCUGAUUUUAUUAUUUUAAUUUUGGAGUGAAAUGUUCAUGAGAUUCACCCGUAAAGUCUAUAAAGAUGGUUGUUUUGUUAUAGCACUGUUAGUAUAUAAUAUAUAACACAACUUAAAGACAUCUCAUAGAAUGCAGACUAAGAUCAUUCAUAAGCCUGACUACAUUUUAUGAGUAGAUAUUACAAGAGUAACAUAAUAUUAAAUGUGUAACAGAAAGUUUAUAUGAUCAAUAAAUAGAGCCAUAAUAACAUAUCAACAGUGACAGUCAGACAGAAACCCUUUUAUUCGCCCAAUAAUCAAUUUACGAUUAACUAAACAUAUCGCAAAUCAAGACAUGCUAAUUUAUUUAUUCAUGCAUUUAUUUAUUUAUUAAAGUACAUUUACAAUGCUGUUCAUUUAUUUAUUAUCUGAUUUGUGGUUUUCAUUUGUUUUUAUAUAACAAAGUUUGUGAAAACACUAAUGUUCACGAACGCACCACGAUUGGCUGACGUUCUGCACAUGCUCAGACUGCACUCGACGACUGACACAUUAGCCAAUCAGCUUCAAGCUACGCCAUAUCAGUUCGCGAUUAAUUUGCAGAAUUGUUAAAUGACUGAUAAUUGAUUUGCUCCAUUUCGUUGGCCCGUCUAAAUGUGUACACAGCAAUACCAUUUGGUCCGUGAGUGUACUGUUAAUACUUGUAAAUAAUAGCGAAUCUGGGCUAGCUAGCGAGGAGAGUAGUUAAGAGGGGAUUUCGGGGGAUAAAAAAGAUUGCUUAAAUUAAGAAAAUUUGCCAAUCCAACGCGUACUAAUGUAGAUUAAUGAACAAACGUGUUUUUCUUCCCAAAAAAAGCACCUGUGUUUUUUUACUCAUUUGUUGUCGAGCACAUUAUGGGUUAGCCGUUAGCUUUAGCACCCAUUAGCGCAGCGCAAAUAUGACGCGAGCAUUAGCUGCAUAUAUCUGCGUAAACUUUAGUUUUGUUUCUUCUUAGCUUUGGUAGACUCUUAGGUUUUUAUCAUGUGUUUUGACAUGUGGAUGUUAAAGAGGAAUGAAAGUAACCUGCCGCCCGUCAGACUCACGAGACGUUAGCGUAGCGCUUAUUAGCGAACCACUAGCCGGCUGUCUGCGACGCGCGGGCGGCCUGCUGUGUUUCAUUUGAUUUUGUGUUUCUCACAAUCCUUAAUUUUGCCCCGAGUAGUGAAUAUGCUGUAUUUCUAUUCGGUUACUGCCACAGUGUUGUGCGUUCGAAAAGUGUGUGUAAAAGAGCCAGUCGCGGCCAAAUUCUCAAAUUAACAUCACAAUCCAUCCGUCAUACAUCAGGACAGAACUUAUGGGCCAGAUGUUUGGGAUCAGUUUAAUGUUUACACAGCGCAGUGACUAAUAAUUAGAUUAGCCGCAUGCUAAACUUACGCUGCCUGCCGUACGUUUACUGAGAUCUACUCUACGUGUGCUGCCAGACCGCCUUGAAAUAGAUUUUAUAUGUUUUUAAGAGACAGUAAAUCGAAUUAUUGCACAUUCUCUUCAACUUGACGUGGGCAGUGGUGCAUAUUAGCACGUCGCUACACUGAGCGUUUGCAUACAGCACGUCGCCAGUUUUCAUAUGCUUUACAAUACACUCAUUUUUGUAAAAUCUAUACGAAGUCAAUCUGGGAUAAACUAGCACAUCACCAUGGAAACAGAAUGUGUGAUGUAAUAUGUGUGAUGGAGUGACAAGUGUGCGACAUGCAUCACAAUGCAAUGUUACUGCAUCGCAUAAAACCAUUUUAUUUCUCAGCAUUUUUGUCUUAAAUUAUUCUUAAAACAAGAUCAAUUUACCCGAGAAGCAAAACCGUGCAAGCAUAACUACAUUUUGUUUGAUUUAUACAUAAAACAAGAAAAUGUAUAACUUUAAAGAAAUAUUCUCUGAAAGCUAAUAUGCAAUUUUGCGUCUCAAAUGUAUCUUGAAAAAAAUGCUACAUUUCAAACAAAAGAUAACAGUGAAAAUAAUAUAAUAUUUAACAAGACAAUUCUAGAUGUAGAUGUAAUUCUACUGUAAAAUAUAGUAAAAAAAAAACAAUGUUUUUUACCUAAUAAUUAACGUUGAAAAUCAAUGUUUUGUAAUGCAAGUAGGUUAAUUAAUCAUGUACUGGAUACGGUUGAGAAUUGUACUAAAAUUACAUCCUGAAAUGUUGUUACCGUAUCUUUACUGUAAAACACUAGCAACCACAGCUGCCCGUUCUUUACCGUAAAUUUAACAUAGGAUUUUUUAUUUAUUAACAUUAUAGAAGUUUUUACUUGAAAGCAAGACAAAACUACUGAUUAAGAAAAUGUUUUUGGUGCAGCUUAGGUUGUUUUGACAAUAUCAAUGACACAAAAAGGAAAUGCGACAAACGUGCAUGCAAACAUCGGCAAUGACAAACACACCUGCGUUAGGAAAACCUGGAGAGUUUCUGACUCAUGCACACUGACGGCACCGUUGAGCUCUUUGUCCAUGUCUGUUUCUCCAAAGCAAUCGACACACACUCGUCAUUUCUGGAUGAUUUAAUAGCUCACAAACUCAUCUGUCUCUCAUAGUGAAACAGUGUCUUUUCUUUCUGUACAAACACUGCUCAAAAACUAGAUGUAUCUUAUUAAAUAUCCUGAAUAUACUGUUAUAUAUUGCCUGACAUAAAACUUGUGCAACUUAUAUUCAAAAAACAAAUGAUUACCAUUAUAAAUGAAAAAUAGAAAACAGGAAAUAAAAACAACUUGUGUUUAACAAA